AUGCCUCCCCAACCCAAAAAGGGAGGAUGUCUCGUCGCUCGAGCGGUCCCUCUCGCCACAAAUGGUGCCGCCACACAGGAUUUGACAGAUCGUAUGGAACAGCUGAUAAUUCAGGAUACAAGUAACCAAAGAAAAAUAGACAAAGUGGCCAACAAUAUCAGCCCAUCGGACUUUGUCACCCUACAAAGUAUUAGAUCUUCAGCUCUUGCUCGUAAAACUGCAACAACAUCAAAAUUUUGCAGUGGAGGUCCAGCAUUAUUCAAUGAUCUUCUUAAUAAGGAACCUGAUGAGGACGUCAUUCCUGGAAAAAAUGACGAAGUUAAAAAAGCAGACAAUGAAGAAGAGAAGAAAGAAACUGUUGUGAAGGAUAGUGAAAACUCUUGUGAAAAAACGAAGCCAAAAGAAGGUGAUCUCCUCUCACGUGGACCAGUAAAAAAUGUACGACCACCUCAAGGUCAUCAUCCAUACAGUGUCGGACCUAUGCAUUAUGGGACAGCAGCGCAAAGCACUGUACAUGACUAUUCUGCUUUUUCAAAUUACGGUAGUGGAUAUGAAUGUGGAAGCACAUGGACAGAUAGCCCGGAUACAUUUGGAUACGUCUCAUCAACUUCUUCACCGGAAUCUGUCGGAACCGACCAAGGAUAUCAUUCCAGCUCUCCAGUUCAGAAAUCACCACUACAAAACAGUCCGUUCACAGAUCAUUCGCUAACAAAAGACGAACUGUCUCGUCUGCUGGAUAAUUCAGAACUACCAGACCCUCUGGUAGACUUCAUUUUGAAGUAUUCCCGUCGUUAUACCAAUGAAACUACCUCCGAAGACAUGAUGUCUAGUCCGAAACAUCGCCCACCAUCCGCUGAUUCCGGCCUCGACUCUCCAAUGUCUGCGCGUUCGGCUCCACAUGCUAGUCCAGAAGUUCCUACUGGUGGAAAUAGUGGGCCAACGACUCCCUCUUUCAAUCAGACCCGACUCAGUCCUAGCAAAGGUUUGGAACGAUCCGCAAAACAGACACUUCGUGCACUUAUACCUGACAGUGAGAUGGAUGAUGCAUGGGCUUGGACAUUGAAAUGUAUACAGUUCGCUCCGGGGACACUAACGCACCAAGAUGACGAUCGCGAUACCCUCCUCCACAUUGUCAUCUCCCAUCAUGACCUCGCUAAAAUUUACUCACUUGUUGAGCAGCAACUAAAGCUUGAAAACGCUAAGGAGUUACGACCAUUCGAUGUACCGAAUCGUUAUAACGAAACUCCAUUGUAUUUAGCUGUACAACAACAACUAAAAGAGGUUGUCGCGUAUCUGUUGGAAGUCGGCGCUGACCCAAAUGUGCAAACAAUGCGACCAGAACGGGAAGGAGCUCUACAUUAUGCGGCUGCAAGAGGAAUGCACGAUAUUGUGAAUAUUCUUUGCACUGCACGAGGUUUACGCAUCAACCAGAUGAACGGACGUGGUCAAACAGCACUUCAUUGUGCAAUCGCUAAUCAUGGUGUAAUCGAUGAACGUUCACAGAAAGUGGUCGAUAGUAGAGAUGUGAUCGUAACUCUACUAAAAGCUGGAGCUGAUCCCACUCUUGUGGAUGCUAGAAGUGGAAGGACCGUCGUACACUACGCCAUCGAAACCAUGGAUCCACGAAUUAUUGAAGUACUGAAAAAUAGCGUGGAAGAGGAAUCGUGGACCGAGUUGGUGAACUUAGCUGACUUCAACCAAGAGAAGCCAAUGGAUAUGUUCAAAGCAGGAAGAUCGCUUUCACAAAAUGAAACUGCAAGAUCAGAAAUUUUCAUGACUCUACUUAUUAGUGGAGCCCGAAUACAAACUACACAAUGA